GUCCGUCGGUGGGUGAAGCGGUUGACAGCAGUCGAGAGCAGGCCGAAGUGGGUAAACAAAACAAACAUAUGAACAAAAGGGAGCAAAAGCAACGUUACAAUGGGAUUUACUUUCAGAACCGUAGGAUGUGUAAUAUUGUUCUGAAGCGGCUGGACGUCCGUUAAAGUACAAAUCCGAAAGCGAAGAGCGGGAGCGCACCUGUCAACGCGAAGUAGGUUAACGGAGCUAACGGGUGCUAGUACGUCAGCAAGCUAGCUGGCUCGCCCGACCCGCGCAGCUUAGCUCGCUCGCUCGCCGGCCAUGUCGUCCCCCUCCUCCUCCAGGCGCCAGUGGUGCUACCUGUGCGACCUGCCAAAGAUGCCGUGGACUGUCGUGUGGGACUUCAGCGAGGUGGUGUGCCGGGGCUGCGUCAACUACGAGGGAGCGAACCAGAUCGAGUUCCUGAUAGCGAGCACCCGACAGCUGAAGCGGACUCACGGGCUGCAGGACGGGAACGUCCUGUCACCGGGUCCCUCGCCCAAUAAACACGGCACAUCUGGCAGAGGAGAGGCUGCUGGGGACGUGGGCCGGCCGCACGUCGACCGCUUCGAGAGGGGAGGAAGAGGAGAGGCCGUGUCGGCUAUCCGUGUGCCGCCCAACGGGCUGCACCGGGACGGCCCGCCGCCCCAAGAGGCGAACCGGCAGAGCCCCGGCGGCAGCCGGAGGCCGAUGCUGGGUGCUGCGAUCCCUCCUAGUCUGGUCACUCAGAACAUUGCGGGUAUUCCACAUGGGCUACUUGCGGGCAUGCCGGCGGGCCUGACGGCCAGGACAGCCCCCAUGAGCAGCCCCAUGAUCUUCCCCGGCCCGGUGCUGGCCGACAUGAGCCGCAGGCAGCUGGGGAUGGGGUUGGGGAUCGCCCCUUUCAUCACACCGGAGCUGGAACGAGAGCUCAGCUCGUCCCAGAACCAGGCCAAGUUACAGAGCCAGAUGCACACCUCUGUGUCUGGCAGCAGCGCCAGCAAGGGUGCAGCCGGCAUGUCUUCAUCUUCCUCCACCCUGGCUGGAGGUGUGAGCCAGACCAGUCCCAAGCCCGCCUCGUCCCCGGCCAGGCAGCCGCGCCCCCUCGCCUCGAGGUCCGGAGGGGAGUCCCUGGGAUCCAGCACCUCGGCGGAGGCCGCCACCACAGCUGCCACGCUGCCCCACAGCGGGGCCUCCGAGCUGGGGUCAGCGUCCGUCAACAACACCCACUCAACCGGCAACACUCUGUCCUGCACCUUGUGUCAGGAGAGGCUGGAAGACACACACUUUGUCCAGUGUCCAUCCGUGCCAGGGCAUAGGUUCUGCUUCCCCUGCACCAGAGUGUACAUUCAGGGCCGGCGGGGCGAUGGGGAGGUGUACUGCCCCAGCGGAGAGCGAUGUCCGUUAGACAUCUCUCCCAACAGUCCCCCUUGGGCCUUCAUGCAGGGAGAGGUCUCCACCAUUCUGGGCACUGCUGGAGCAGGAGCUCCAUCAGCCGCUGCACCUGGAGCAGGGAAUGAAGCUGGAGCCGCCGGCGGAGCCGCCGGGGCCGCCGCCGGCGGAGACGUCACCGUCAAGAAAGAGAGAGAGUCGUGAUGAUGGUUUUCCGUGUAAACCAAACCACGACCCAAUUCAGUCCCAGGCAGGUUCUUUUGCAUUGUCUCGAGGUCUCGAGUCCAACUGCUCACACCAUCAAAUUUGAUCAACAUUCAUCAGACCUAAAAUUGCCUUUUUGUACUGUGUGAGUCAGAUAUUCAGGGCCAGUCAACAGCUGGACAGUGGCUACUUUCUGUGGAGUCGGCAUCGUGUCCCGUAGGGUCACAUUAGCACGACAGGCUAGCUGUUGUUAGCAGCUGGAGAUACACAGGCUCGAGCACCAUGUAGACGGGCUCACUUCUCUCUCUCUCUAUAUAUAUAUAUAUAUAUAUAACAAAACCUCAAGCUCACAGAAAGUAGCCACGGUUCCGUGUCUAUUGUAGCACUACACUCUAUUGUGAAAGCACAACAACCGUGUUGACCAAUCCAACGCAGACUCAAAGCGGCGGCCUCUGGUUGUUCCAUAUCUCUCCUGAUGAGCGGCAGGAGGUCAAAAUGUCGCAACAAGUUGGAACUUGCCGUGCCAUUGUUCAGUCUAAAUGAAAUAUUUAAGCUGCUACAAAUGCAAUUUAUAAGAGCUUGACCGUCGUGGCGACAAAGUGUACCUUACAUUUUAAAUGCAAAUGUAUUUUUAUUGUUUUUUGACCAUCUUUCUUUCGGUGCACAAUCAUAUUUCUUCUUUUUUUUGUUGGUUCAAAUGAAACGAAUACAAAUCUUUAACUAAACAUGAAAUACGGACAGAAUGCCAGUAAUUAACGUUUUUCUGUGUCCCCGCAUUUUUUUUUUUUUUAAUCGAACUGUUUUUAACAACCUUCUACGCAUAUAUUGGCCAAGUUGUGUUAUCUGUAUGUAAAGUGUUCAUACGAGAUCCAGCCCAUCGCUUUAUACCCCGAAUGUAUAUGAAAAGAUAUCUAUUGUUAGUCCUAGAACUAUUUUAUACUAGAAUGUCAAAUGUUAACUAUAUACUGUAUACAAUAGUAUGUGCAAUCCUUAGUCAUAUGAUAUGCAACGGUUUGUAAUGUGAUUAAACGAUGUGUAUCAUUUCCUUAACCUAAA